AUGAGCGACGGCUGUAUCGGCUCUGUCGUAGAGGUGCACAUUGGGCACGUUGUCAUCCCUCGUGCCAGCGCAGCCGCCGCAACCGAAGCGGCGGGGGUGGUCCCCUCAGCCCGGCCGACCCACAAGAAAGCGCGCACUGAAGCUGUGGCAACGCUGAGCAGCGCUUCGGCGCCGGCGGAUGUUGUGAUCGCUAACGCGUGGUCGGAAGAGCAUAUCGCCGACGCUCUUCGACGCUACGGUGUCGCUGCGCUAGCAGCGGCUGCAUGUGAAGCGGCGGCGGGGAGCGCUUCGUCCCCCUCCACCGCUGCUGCUGCCGCGGCUGUUCUCAAGGCUGUGAACGAUGCUGCCAGCAGCUGGGUGACUGGGUGGCCAGCGGUGCGUUUCUCUCCGACGCCUGCAGCCGCCAUGGCUAAUAGCGAUGGUGAGGCAACGACGUCCACCAUGCCCGGCUGGUCGACAGUCAGCUUCUCCUUCGUACCUGGGGCUCUCGAUUCAACUGCCUCCGCUACCGCGGAGGGAGCCCACGCCGGCGUCAGCAAGGCAACCUUCCCAGACGCUGCGUCAGCCGUGGACGCCGUGACUCUGCGUGUCUUGGCUGCGAUCUCUCUUCCCCGUUGCCUCUGCGUGCCCCACCGAGGCAUCGCGACUGCAGUCACAACUGGAAGCUGCGGCGGGUGCGUAUCUGCUGUGCUCACAGAGUCCAUCCAAAUCCGUGCCGCCACGCCGACACCUCCGACUGCGCCGUCUUCUGUGCAGCACUCACCUGCGUUCAGGUCGGCGGCGUCCCCAUGCACGGAUGGCACGCUGCCGGCAGAGCUGCGGGCGAGACCUAUCUUUGUUGUUGGGGCCGGCGGCAUCGGCUGUGAAGUUCUCAAGGUUCUCGUGCUGAGCGGCUUCACGCAGAUUCACCUCAUCGACCUCGACACAAUCGACGCGACGAACCUCAAUCGACAGUUUCUCUUCCAGGUGGCAGAUGUCGGGAACUCAAAGGCGGACACGGCCCGCCGCGCCGUGCUGGACUGGUUCGCAGCAGCCGGUGACCCGGCACCUGAGCACGUCAGUGCUCGCCGUGGCCAUUGUACGCCGCCGUGCGUUGUUGCGUACCACGACAACGUCAAAGCGGAUCACUACGACGACGCCUUUUACCGCCAGUUCGCUGUGGUACUGAGCGCGCUCGACAACGUGUCGGCACGACAGCAUGUGAACCGCAUGUGCAUGCGCAACAGCAUCCCCCUCAUCGAGAGCGGCACGAUGGGGUACAAUGGGCAGGUGCAGCCCAUCCUCAAGAACGUGUACGAGUGCUACGACUGCCGGCCAAAGCCGCCCGAGACGAAGACGUUUGCCGUGUGCACCAUUCACGCGCGCCCGACGACGAUGGUGCACUGCGUGCACUACGCGAAGGAGCUGUACGAAGUUCUCUUUGGCAGCGACUCGUCGGACAUGGAUGGCAAGGGCGCGAGCGCCAUCUCGGAUGCUGGUGCCGCGACCGAGGCCGGCAGCGGCUCUGCCAAGUCUUUGGAAGGGGAUAAGCAGCAGCAUGGCGCAACAGCACCGAGUGAUGGAGGCGAGCUGUCGUACCUGCGCGCCAUGGUGUCCGACUGGCGUCGCCAACUUCCUGAGGCGUCGUCUACGUUAGGCCACAAUGAUGGCGGUGACUGUAGUGGCCGUGAAGGCAGCCGUACUUCGUCCGCUGCUGCCCUCGCUAUCGACUUGCUGCGGCUGCUCUUCGUGACCAAAGUCGAGGAGCUCCUGUCUUUGAAGACGUCCUGGCCAACGAAGCCGCCGGAGCCUCUGAGUCGACGCGAUGUCGAUCGCGUUGCGGCGGCGCACAUGUCCACGAAUGCCACCGGGGCAUCACCGGCCCCGCUAUCGGGGGAUCAUGUGCUGUCGGUGCAGGACUGCAUGGAACUGUUCGUCCGAUCUGUGGCGCAGUGCCUUGCCCGUCCAGGCGGGCUGGCCUUCCGGAAGGAGGACGACGCAGCGGCUUCUUUUGUCAGCGCCACCGCAAACAUGCGCGCGCACGUGUUCCACAUCGCGGAGCAGUCGCUCGAGGACGUGCGGAGCAUUGCCGGCUCCAUUAUUCCAGCUAUCGCCACGACGAACGCGACCAUCGCCGGGGCCGUGGUGCACGAGUUGAUCUCGCUGCUGCGCCACAGCAUCUCCCAGCCCGCGAGCACGAGUGCUGCUCAGCCGGCACCACCGUCGCAGACAGAGGUGACAGGAGUAUCAGCCCCUGCGUCCAUGCAGACAUCGCCACGCGCGCACGUUGUGUACUCCCGCAAGGUGCCACAGGUGCGCCGCCGCCGAGUGCCGUUGUCGCCAGGCCAGCGACACACUAGCCCCGCUCUCUUCAUGGAAUACGCCGGUGACGACGCAUCAUCGGCGAAUAGGAGUGCCUCGGCGUCUGCUGCCCACUGUGUACCGCUGCAGGCGGCGCUGGCGUUGGUAGGCACGGAGCACCGCACCGCAUAUCCUCCCCGUAUGUACGGCGCCGCAGAAGGGGGCGGCAAGGCGGGACGAAGUGUAGCUGUGAUGGACCACUACCUCGUGCACAGUACCGUGCCGAACGCACCGAACCGCCUGCACUGCCGCGUCUGCCAAGACGUACAUCCAGAAGUCUGCGUUACUCUUGACCUGCGCUCUGCAACGCUCGGCCAGCUUGUCCACGUUGUCCUCGAGAGUGCAUUGAAGUUGGAGGCUCCGUCAGUCAGCUAUGGUCCCACCGUGCUGUACGAGGAUGAGGACUACGAAGAGCUCGCUGACCACGUCCUCGCGGACGUGCUGCAGCUUCCACCCACCGAGCCAGGGCGGGUCGCCCACCAACGUCAGAGGUAUACUCUCACCGCUGACGCGCUCAACAAGGACGUACCAUGGAGUGUAGUGCUGACGCAUGACGACAGGGGGGCGGCGGCACCGGCGCCGUCACCGUCAACCGUGCUCUUCCAGAUCUCGGGACUAGAGGAGGCAGAGGCGGCCGAGGAGAGAGCCUUGUCCCGUCUCGCGGCACAGCAAGCACAGCAACAGCCGCCUGGUGAGGAGGACGAGGAAGGAUUCCUCGGCACUCCGCCAGGAACGACAGGCCUCGCUUCUUCAGCAGCGGCCACGACUGCACCAGUGGCGGUGGAGUUCAUUGUAUCAGAUGACGACGAGGUGCUGGACUAG